UAAGAGUUAUCAUUUUUUGGUGAAUGAUUUUAUCGUAUGCCACCUACUAUGAUCCUAGUUAUCACGCAACAAAUAUGAGUUUCAUUCUCUCUUUCAUCACCUCAUAUAUAAAUAGUCGCCAUUGAAAUCCCAUUUCGAUACCUUCGCUUACCAUUUGCACGAGGUUGUUCUUCUAUUAUCACAGUGAUGCCUAUUUUUGACCUUCACCACCCGUGGGUGUUUGCAUUUGGUGUCUUAGGUAACAUCGUUUCUGUCUUGGUAUACCUUGCUCCUUUGCCUACAUUCAUACGAAUCUACAGAGAAAAAUCAACAAUGGGAUUCCAAUCUCUACCAUAUGUAGUAGCACUAUUUGCUGCCAUGCUUUGGCUACUGUACUCAUUUCUCAAGACAAAUGCAUUUCUCCUCGUCUCCAUCAACUCCUUUGGAUGCAUUAUUGAGGCAAUUUACAUCUUCUUCUACCUUCUUUACGCUUCAAAAAAGGCCAGGAUUCACACAAUAAAGCUAUUGGCUUCUUUGAAUAUAGGGCUAUUUUCUCUGAUAUUUCUACUUGCCCUCUUUGUUUUCAAUCAACAUCGCGUUGGUAUUGUGGGAUGGAUUUGUGUUGCGGUUUCUGUCUGCGUUUUCGCAGCACCCCUAAGCAUUGUGUUUCAAGUUGUUCGAACUCGCAGUGUUGAAUUCAUGCCAUUCGGCUUGUCAUUUUUCCUGACAGUGAGUGCCAUCACAUGGUUUGCUUAUGGUCUAUUUCUAAAGGAUAUAUGCAUUACUCUUCCGAACGUUAUCGGGUUCUUCUUGGGGCUGCUUCAGAUGCUAUUGUAUGGACUCUUUAGGAAUGCAAAACCAGUUAUGGAGGAGAAAAAUUUGCCCGAGCAUGUUAUAAACAUCAUGAUGUUAGGAAUUGAUUUCCAAAAAUGUGCGAGUAAGAAUGAAACAAGCCAAGACGAGGACAAGAAGGAUGUCGAAGAAGACGAUAACAUGGAAACUUGUGUGCCUUGUGAAUUAAAUGUUGAACCCUGCACCCAAGUGAAUUUGGAUACACCAGUACUUGUUAUCUGUGCGCCUUAACAAUCUCACAUUUGUUGUCAUCUAGAUUAUCGUCUCAAUACAUUUUUUGGCACGUCAGCACAUUACACAUUGAUGUCGCGCAUUUACUAAGAUAUGAAAAAUGUAACGACAUCACAUUCUUCA